AUGUGUAUGGUUAUAUUCGCUCCGAUUUUUGCCAUCUGUGCUUUUGCAACAUGUGGAGGAUAUUAUGGGCACCUCCAGGUUAAAGUGGACUGUGCAGACAGAAGGCAGAGUAACCUCAGCAUCAACAUUGAUUUUGGAUAUCCCUUCAGAUUACAAGAAGUGCAUUUCAAGGCUCCCUUGUGUGAGGCAGAAAGGGAAGAAGUUAUUUUCCUGGAUGGCAACUUUUCCUCAUCUGCUCAGUUUUUCCUGACUGUGGGUGUUUUUGCUUUCCUGUACUCUCUGCUGGCAACCAUCGUCUAUGUCUUCUACCAGAACAAGUACCUGAGGAACAACCGAGGCCCGCUUGUGGAUUUUGUUGUUACAGUCAUCUUCUCCAUAACGUGGCUGGUCAGCAGUUGCUUUUGGGCCAAAACUCUUUCUGAUAUCAAGACAGCCACAAACCCAACACAGGUGCUUCUGCUCAUGUCGGCCUGCAGAGCUCAGGAGAACAAAUGCACAGCCACACAGGAGCCUGUCUGGUCACGACUUAAUACAUCUGUGGUUUUUGGUUUUGUAAACGUCAUCCUCUGGGUUGGAAAUAUUUGGUUUGUGUUCAAAGAGACAGGCUGGUACAAGACAGGUCAGAGAUAUCCAACCAGGAGUGCUUCUGGGAAACGCGCCAGUGAAAUGCGACAGCGGCUCUACAAUGAGAGCAGCUUCGAGCAGCCGGAGGAGGGAUUUGGUCCACAACUCAACAGACAAGACAGUUUCAAUCAGCAGGUCAGCAGACAAGGUAGCUUCAACCAGGCACAAGUAAGCUUGAGUUUACCGCACGCAUAUCUUGGUAAACCGGUAAUUCAUGACAGAGAUAAUAAAGUGGCGUCUCAAGGCCCGAUGAUAUUUGUCAAUGAGGCGUGA